GAGCAGGAGCAGAGAAUGAAGAGGUUGGAGAAGCUCAAAAGGGACCUUGAAAGAAUGAAGAACGAGAGAGACGAACUCCGGGGAAUCCUGGCACAUUAUAUUAACAAGGAUUUGAACAAGAGGUUCAACUUUGAGACCACUAUGCUGGAGAUGCAACACGACCAGGUGAUGAGCGAGCUCAAAAACAUUCCACAGCAGAUCAGUGAGGCCUUGUAUAUGUGCCAGGAGUUGACUAAAAAUAAUCAACUUUACAGCAUCAGGAACUGUCACCUCCUGACAGAAUCUCUUCAUAUGAAGAGUGAAGUAAAAAUGCUCUGGAAUGAAAACAGGCAGCUGCUAAAGGAGCAGAUUACACUGGAAGUGUGUUCUAAGGAAACAAGGAGGCUAUGUGUGGAGGCCAGCAUGAAGAUCUAUGAC